AUGCGUUCUGUCAGCUGCCUGCUCGCACUUGUUGCGCUGGCCAUCCUUCCCUUCACCGUCGCCCUGGCUGACGCUGACAUAACCCCACAAGAGUUUGAUGGGGGCUGGAGAACCGUAAACACCACCGACCCAGAGAUUAUAAAACUUGCACAGUUCUCAGUCUCAGAGCAUAACAAGGAAGCGAAAACGAAGUUGGUGUUUGAGCGCGUGGUUUCGGGCAGAUCCGCAUUGCUUUUAGGAGGUACAUACUAUGAACUUAUAGUUAAGGCCAAGGAUGAAUCGCUGCCUAAGGCCUCUGCUGCAAGUUAUAAGGGUAUCUUAUUUUACAAAUACAAUCCUUGGAAGAUGAUUUUACAAGUGAAAACUUUUCGGAAAAUAAAGGACUAA